GGUAGUAUUUCUGCCUUCACACUUGAAACUGAAGUAUUACAAGAGGAAAGCCCAUUACUUAAAUCCCAAAUCAGAAUGAAAUCUGGUUUAUCAGCUUAACAGCGGAUGUCGUUAUAACGCUGUGUGUUUUAGGAAGCAGAUAAACAUGAUUAGCAUGUCAGUUUAAUGACAGAGAUCUGUCAUGAUCCCGCUGCUAGCUCAGUUAGCCUAGCAUGAGACGGAGGGGCGGUGUACACGUAAAGAUCCGCUGGUCUGCAUUUCAAACCCUUUCAGGUGGUCUGAAGUCAGUUUUCUACCAGGUGCCAUGAUUGUGGGCUAAAUGUGAAGGAAUAUUUGCAGCACAAUGUCUGCCCUGCUGAUAGCCAUCUCAGUAUUUCUCAUCUUGGCAGUUGUAUUCAUUUUGCUCUUUAGAUGGUUUGCUUGCAGUUUGGCUGUCCGUUUUUUCCACAAUGUCUUGAAUGCUGAGCUCAAGAUCAGAUCUGUGGGUCUGUUCUCGGUGCGAGGAAUCAGUGUUCAGUUUCAGCCUCAACACACUCUGGAAAUUGACAGGAUAUGGAUAUCUUGCAAAAUAGUUAACCCGGACCUGCCGAGGUUUUUGGCGUUAUGUGUGGGUGAGGCACGGGUCCGCUUUGACCUGCAGGAGCCAUUUAGGCCCCGGGCUCCCAAAAGCAAUGAGGAGACUUCAAAAAGACCUCCUCUCAGUCCCUCUACCCUGCACCUCCUCUCUCAGCUGCUAUCAUUCCACAUUGACUCUAUAAAUGUGAUGGUGUUGAAUCUGGCCCUCCCUGAGUCACUCUGGCACAUGACGUCCUCUGCCAUCACUCUGCUGCUGGAUCAUCAAAGUAAAAGGUUAGCUUGGGAUUUCUCAGUGGGACAACUAAGCAGUAAAGUUCUGAAGAGCAGCAGACUGCAGGACACAUGUCUGGCUGAGGUAUCGCUGAGUCUGGCUCUGAAUGGUGACGUGAGUCUUCCUGGUCUCAGGCCAGGCCAUCUGGGACUGUGUGUGAGAACUCUGCUGGCUGAGCUUCACGAGGGCCUGUUCCUCAGCCAGUUACCUAAACCUUUAGGAGCUGCUCCUGCUGACUGCACCACUCAUACUGCAGAUGAGAAAGAAGACACUUUCAUCCAAACGGAAGCAAUUGAUCGGCUUCACAGCCUGGUUCCACAGAAGGUCAAUGUGGAUUUUGAAAACACUAAUAUCACACUUUCCAUGCAAAGUCAGAAGAGACAUUUGAACUGGACAUUAAAGUCGUUGAAGGUGGGUUAUGAUCGUGAUGAUGAGCAGCUUCCUCUGAAGAGUUUCACCCCUGAGCUCAGUUUCCCACAGAGCCGCCUUGAGCUUCUUCUGGAGGAUGGUCUUUUGCUGUCACAAAGUCGACAGAGAAUUAUAUGUCUGAACACACUCAGAACAAUACUGCAGGUGACGUCUGCUGACAUCUCUAGCACGGUCACUAUCAACACUUGUAUCAUCCACUACCGUCAUCAGGAGUUCUCCCAUUGGCUGGACAUGUUGUCAUGGGACCAGCUCUCGCACAAAAAAACAACUCGUAAAAAAAGGCGUUUCCCUCAGCUGGACGCUCCCGUGAUGAUAACCUCCUCCGUGUCUAAUGUCAAUGUGUCAGUGCAGUUGGGAGAUACACCACCCUUUGCCCUGGGCUUCAUCUCAGCCAACACUGAACUAGAGCACUUGUUGGGCUCAGAAGAGGAUGAGGUGAAGAGUCUGACUGUGACUGAGAAAGCCUCUCUGUCCCUGGAUCAUUUCUGGUGGCGUGUGGGCCAGGGUUCCCAUAUCCAGCAGGCUCCUCAUCCACCUGGAAAACAUGUCUGGGGCGAAGCCCUGAUCCUAGACUCCCUCACACUGCAGGGCAGCUAUAGUAAGUCGAGGACGGUGAACUCCAACCCUUCUGGAAGUGCCUGUAUAGAGUCCAGUCUGAAAGGCCUGCAGCUGGAAGUAUCUGAGACCUGCACUCUGUGUUUGUCACGUCUAUUCUCUGUUCUCAAACUGGACAAAGCAGAGAACUUCCCCUUACAUUCCCCUCCAGAAAAGCCUUCAACCCGUCUACCACCUAUCUUUAAGUUUAAACUCAAUUUUGAGGAUGUAAACACAUUUACACUUUCUAAUGUGGCAGGGGCUGUUUCAGUGAGGGUGGACACAGUGGUAGCUGAAGGCUCGGGGGAGAACUCGAAUGUUUCUGUCCAGGGUGUUUCUCUGGCUGUGGUGAAGGCCCUCACUGAAAGUAUUGAGCCCUGCUGCCCAGCCGCCCAAACUCCCAACCCCAUCAUGACCCUAACUGCGUUUACUAUCUCCUACCACAUCAGCGCCCGCAGUCUAGAGGUGCGGAGUGAAAACGCUUUGGCAGUGCAGUGGACACCAUCUGACCACAUGUUUUUGUACCAGCACGUCACCGAGAGCCAAAGCUAUUGGAAGACGCUGUCUGAAUCUCUAAAAAUACAACAGAAGGACGGAACAGAGUCUGCAGCCUCUUCCUCCGGCACGUUAGUUUGUAUAGAGUUGGCAAGCACGCGGCUCACCGCCCAUGUGGCCGAGACAAACUUCAUCAUCAUCAGUGCCGAAGCACUGUCGCUCUCCAAACGGCCUGGAGCCAUGCUGAUGAAGACUCCUCAUUUGGUGUUCAACUUCGAUGGCAAUGACAUCUUCUCCUUUUCUGGAGCCGACGUGCAGAUGCUGGAGGAGAUUGAGAUAAUGCAACAGCACAGAUCUCAAUUCCCUUUCCUGCAAACAUCUCGUAAUCGCGCCUGGCUCUUUACUGCGCCCAGCCUUGCCAUUGAGUUCCCUUACCAGUACAACUUCUCUGACACUUUCGACAAGGCCAUCAGCGUGCAGAAGUGGCUGAAAACCCUACACAGCAGUGCCGCACCUUCAGCAGAACCUAGUCGCCUUCCACCGGACCUGCUGAUCCGCAUCAACCAGUUCUCCUUUGUGUUCUUGGACGAUGUUUUUGAAAUCAAACUACGUGACAACUACGAGUUAAUGAAGGAUGAAAGCAAAGAAAGCGCCAAGCGUCUGGGGCUGCUGGACAAGAAAGUGGCCGAUCUACGCAAGCAGCACGGCGAGCUCCUGCCGGCCCGUAAGAUCGAGGAGCUCUACACUUCUCUUGAGCGUAAGCACAUUGAGAUCUACAUUCAACGGUCCAAGCGACUGUACGCCAACACGCCCAUGCGCAAGUCCCUGCUCACCUGGACAGUGUCGGAGUUAGAGCUGGUGGUACUUGCGGAUCAGUCGUUGCACGGGCCUGAGCGGAUCCGAGAGCAGCUGAGGGACAUCGAUGGCAUUAGCCCCUUCCCUAGAGACGGCCUUCAGCUGGUGAUCCAGUGGUGCCGUGCUUUUAAAUUCAAGCUUAAUGCAUUUCUGGUGCGAAUCCGGGACUAUCCCCGUUACCUGUUUGAGAUCAGAGAGUGGUCGCUGUCUGGACGUCUGAUGGGUACCGAGCAGGACGGGCAGCUGAGAGCAAAGCGCAAACAGGUGGUCCAGCUCGGCCAGCCGUGGGGUGAUGUGACGGUUUACAGGAAUAUGCCACCACUAAAGUUCUACUACGAUGUACAUUCGAAUAUUUCCCUCUACACCAUUGUGUGGGGGCCGUGCUGGGAUCCUGCUUGGACACUGAUUGGCCAGGCUGUUGAUUUACUGACCAAACCCACAGCUGACCCGUCCCCUCUUCUAACCUGGUGGGAUAAAAGCAGACUUCUAUUGCAUGGCCGCUGGGUAAUGGACAUCGAACAGGCCAACCUGCAUCAGCUUGCAACUGAGGACCCUUACAACACCACAGAGAACCUACACUGGGAGUGGAGCAAGCUAAACUUUGACUGGAAUCCUGGGCAGUUUGUCUUCAAGGGUGACCUGGAUGUCAACGUUAGAACAGCCUCCAAGUAUGAUGAUAUCUGCUUCCUGCACCUCCCGAGCCUAUGCAUGACCCUUGACCUCCAAUGGUUAUGCCAUGGUAAUCCACAUGACCACCAUGCUGUAAUGCUCUGUGUAGCAGAGAAUGUUGCGGAUGUCACCUCAGGCCAGCCGCACGACUCCUACAGGGCCUUCCGCUCUGAAAACCUCAACCUCUCCAUCACCAUGGACCUCGACCAGCAUUGUGGCAAAGAGCCCUGUCAACCCAGAAUCCUCCUCUACAGCAGCACCCUGCGCUGGAUGCAGAACUUCUGGGCCACUUGGACCAGCGUGUCCCGGCCCAUCUGCAGAGGCAAGCUCUUCCACAGCCUCAGACCCACUCGCAGGAAGCUCGGCCAGCACUACAAGCAGAUGUCCUAUACGGCGUCUUUCCCGCAGCUACAGGUCCAUUACUGGGCAUCGUUUGCUCAGCAGAGAGGCAUUCAGGUGGAGUGCAGUAAAGGUCAUGUCUUCACCAGAGGAGCACAGAGGCUCAUCCCACAGGCUGGCACUGUGAUGAGACGACUGAUCUCCGAGUGGAACGUUACUCAGAUGGUGAGCGAGCUCUCUCUGGUCACUGUGCACCUCAUGGCCUCCACAUGGGACGAGACAGCCGACCACCAGAUUAACACCCAGGUGAAGAAGACCCACCUGCUCAGCCUGUCCUCACUCAGCUACCAGAGACAGAGCAACCGCAUAGAGGAGGAGGUGAACUUAAAAGACGAGAGCAAUGCUUCCUACACACACAAGUUGUGUUUGGUGGAUCUGAGGGCUUCGUGGACCACGACCAACCGGAAUAUUGCCUUUGGUUUGUACGACGGCUAUAAAAAAGCAGCCGUGCUGAAGAGAAACCUCUCUACUGAGGCUCUGAAGGGUCUGCGGAUUGACACCCAGGUGCAGACAAAAAAGCUGAAACGCUCCAUGUCCAGCUACUCGUCAAACACGGCUCCCGCUACACCAGUCAUCACCACAACCACUCGUCCAGAGAAGAGUCAGAAUGAAGGAACAUCCAUGCUGCAGAAGCUCAUCGAGGAGACUGAUAAGUUUGUGGUCUUCUCUGAAGAGGAUGCAGGAGUGAGUGACCAGCUCUGUGGGAUUGCCGCAUGCCAGACGGAUGAUGUGUACAACCGCAACUGGUUCAUAGAGCUUGUCAACGGUCAGAUGAUGCUUCGAGGCACAGAGACUGCCGGUUGCGUACUGGUAUCUGCCGCCAAGGCUCAACUACUGCAAUGUGAGCACCAUCCUGCUUGGUACAACGACACGCUCAAGCAGAAGACCACUUGGACGUGUCUGCUGGAUGGUAUGCAGUACUUUGCCACCAUGGAGCAAAACCCCUCUGAACAGGAAGACUGGCAGCUGUGGCUGGAGGUUAAGAACAUUGAGGAGCACAGGCAGAGGAACCUGGACUCAGUCCAGGAGCUUAUGGAGAGCGGCCAGGCUGUUGGAGGCAUGGUCAGCACCACCACAGAUUGGAACCAGCCAUCCCAAGUACAGGAGACCCAGCAGGUCCAGCGUAUCAUCUCUCGCUGUAGCUGUCGCAUGUACUACAUCGGGUACAGCCACGACAUCGACCCUGAACUGGCCACCUCCAUCAAACCACCAGAGAUCCGUGACCGUCAUGAGAAGGAGGACCUUUUAAAGAAACAGGCUGGUGCAGUCGACACUUUCACCCUCAUCCACAAUGACCUGGAGAUUUCCACCAAUCCAGUGCAGUACUCCAUGAUCCUGGACAUAGUCAAUAACUUGCUGCUCCACGUGGAGCCCCGGCGCAAGGAGCACAGCGAGAGAAAACAGCGUGUACGGUUCCAGCUAGAGAUCUCCAGCAACCCUGAGGAGCAGCGUAGCAGUAUCUUGCACCUUCAGGAAGCCGUACGCCAGCAUUUGGCUCAGAUUCGUUGCCUGGAGAAACUGAUCUACUCCAACAUGAGGUCCCAGUCAGAAGAGUGCAGAGGAGAUGACCUGUCGGAAAUCAACCACAUGCAAAAUCAGCUCAACCAAGAGAAGACGGACAUGCAGAUGAAGAGUGAGGAGCUCAACAUCCUCAUCCGGUGUUUUAAGGACUUUCAACUGCAAAGGGCAAACAAAUUGGAGCUGCGUAAACCCCCAGAAGAUGUUAGCGUUGUGCGUCGUACUGAGUUCUACUUUGCUCAGGCCCGCUGGUGUCUCACAGAAGAAGAUGGACAGCUGGGUAUAGCUGAACUUGAACUGCAGCGGUUCAUGUAUAGCAAGCUGAAUAAGUCAGAUGACACAGCAGAGCAUCUCCUAGAAUUGGGCUGGUUCACCAUGAAUAACCUGCUUCCCAAUGCUGCAUACAAGGUUGUUUUGCGCCCUCAGAGCCCCUGUCAAUCAGGACGCCAGCUUGCCCUCCGCAUCUUCAGUAAAGUCCGCCCUCCAGUGGGAGGGAUUUCCGUCAAAGAGCACUUUGAGGUAAAUGUGGUACCACUUACCAUUCAGCUCAUGUACCAGUUCUUCAAGAGGAUGAUGGGAUUUUUCUUCCCUGGACGAAAUGUGGAAGAAGAGGAAGUUGGGGAUGAGGAAGACAAGUUUAGACUGGUUACUACAGGUGUCGUGAAACCCAGACAGCUCUCUGAAGACUCCAUAGGAGGGCUUGGACCCGGGAAAGGGGUCGCGCAAGGGUUAAAUCGAACCGCUGGUGUCAGGAGAUCAUUUCGCAAACCACCUGAGCAUCCUGUUGAUGACAUUGAUAAGAUGAAAGAAAGAGCAGCCAUGAAUAAUUCUUUCAUCUACAUCAAGAUUCCCCAGGUUCCCCUCUGUGUCAGUUACAAGGGAGAGAAGAGCAGUGUAGACUGGAAGGAUCUGAACCUGGUUCUGCCCUGUUUGGAGUAUCAUAACAACACUUGGACCUGGCUGGACUUCGCUAUGGCUGUGAAGAGAGACAGUCGCAAAGCUCUAGUCGCACAGAUGAUAAAGGAGAAGCUGCGGUUGAAACCCGCCUCAGGCUCAGAGUCUCGAGGUAAAGCAACCGAUGGGAAAACAGACAGCAGCCUCCAGCAACAAGUGGAGGAUGAGAAAGCGAGACUUCUGAUCGGCUUCAGCACCGCCGACAAGAGCUCCAGCAAAAAGAGCAUCUUCAGUCGCCGCAAGUGAAGCUCCUUCAAAGAUGCUGGUCUUGAAAAAGCGCUGCUGUGUCUUACUGCAGAAGGAAUGGACGAUGAGAAGCAAACAAAGUCCGAGGUCUCUCUCCUCUUCACCAGUGGUGCCUUUAAACGUCCACGCAGGGUGUGGACAUGGAAACCAGCCCAUUGGUCAAGCCGUGACUGCAGGUGCUGGUCCUGCUAUGGGAGAAUGGAUUGUCGUUCUACUGUCUAAUAUGAGUGCUGUACACCUAAAAUUGUUUUUGAUGUGCUCCUAUUGUGCCAUAAAUCAUUUCAACAUGUUUAAAUUAACUCCAUACAGCAUUAAACCUUUAUUUAGUAAGAUAACAUCCUUGCAGCUCAAGACAGUGUCCUACAAUUCAACGGUUUGUCUAUGGUUUGCGUUUGGAGCUUUGUGACGCCUCUCCUGCUGGAUCAGGAGAUACUUGUAGGCCAGAAUCUGAAAUUCACACAUACUGGUAACCCAUAUUAUUCCACAAUUAGUGAAAUAUCACUGAAUUAAAUCAAGGAUUUGUCCCCAUCAGUAUGUUAAAUUGUACAUGAUAUUAGCUAGCUGACCACUGUUUUACUGUACUAACUACAUAGUGCAAUACAAAAGCGAAUGGACUGAGGAUCUUCUGCCUGUGGACCAGUUGGACAUCAUGGGAAGCUUGGUCUUGUUUUAUCCCAUUUUUGCAGCCUGUCUGAUUAAUGCUUUGUAAUUUUAACACUAUGGCACUUUUUACACAAAAUAUUUUCUGAUAUUUUUGUAUCUGUGGUUAUCUUCUGUAUUAUUUCAAUUAUGCUGCUGAUUUUUGCUUGUCAGCUUCAAAAGUGGAAUUUGUUAUUUCAGCUUAAAUGUUUAAAAAUGAGCACUAUUUAGAUUUUUUUCCCCCACUGUAUUAGGCAAUGGGCCUAGUAUUGUUCUUUGUACAAAUAAUGGGAGGUAUUAAAUGUCAGCAAGCAUGUAAAUUAAUAUUUGUCAAUAAAAUAAAAGCAGGCCC